AUGCCCCCCACAGCCGAGACUGACACCAGUGGCAGGAGCUUGGAGGAACAGCUAUCGAGGCUCAGUAUUCACGAGCCAGCUGGACAGCUGCUGGCACAGCUCGGCGAUGCCGACCGUUUACACCUGUCUCGGCUGUUGCCGCGACCAAGCCUACCACCCGAAGUGCUCGAACGAGUGGUGCGCCACCUGCAACCCGGCGCUUUGAUCGGCGACCCUGUAGCACAUGUCACCCUGAUACGACUCAGCUGUGUCAGCCGACUGAUGCGCUAUUGGGCACUCGAAGCCUUGUACUCGGUCGUCAUCCUGCCUCGCCACGUCCGCGACUUUCGUAAAUGGUACGCGAGAUCAGUCAAAUCUCAACCAGCGUAUCAAUUUGCCGGAUUCACAAGAGCACUCUUCUGCUCCUUGGACGACGUUUCGGCACUAACCUCGUUCUCAGCCGGCUGGGACCACGAACUGUUGCGACUGCUUCAUUACUGCGGCCCAACGCUGACCCAUCUUUCGCUUUGGCGGUCAGAGUCGAUGGCUUUGCUUCGAGAUCCAGGUCAAGUGAGGGAAGGCUAUCGAUUUGGAACCUCUCAGCCCGUACAGGUUUGGGGCGAGAUGCGACAUGGCGAUGGUGACGCGGUAGCAGAUACAGAUACAAUCAAUGGCCACCACGACGCACGUACUGAAGAUGAAAUCGUGCCGCCUGAAGCAAAACAUGCCGAUGAUUUGUUCAGCAAGGAAGAACUUGACGACAUGCCGGGCUGGCUCAAAGCAGAGAUUCGACUGCAAGGCACUCGUGCUGCAACCAUCCGACACAAGGCUCACCUCACACCGACGAGACGCAUCACACGACGCCAGCAGGGCUGUCAACCAACACACCUGAGCAUCAUGAUGAGCUUGCCUUUGCUCGAGCACGAAGAUCCCAAGGUUUUUCCGCGGAUGCUCAUCUGGCAUCGUGUGCAGGAGCUCGAUGUCCACAUUUCCACGCCGGGACACACGCCCACGAUCUUGCGCUUGAUCGCGAGUUUGCGAGAUUCUCCAAUACGCCGGCUUAGGAUCUCCACCACUUUUGCGUCACUCUGCAUGAUGACGCCGCCAUUUCCUCCGUCGAAGCGGCAACGUGAUGCAGCUGCCAACCAAGGAUCACCUCAACCUGACUUUGAUCCGGCAGCUUCCACGAUUUACGAUACAAUAACCAGCAGCGCAUUCAUGCCGACGCUCAACCUGUGCGAUGCGUUGUCGAGCAUAUUGAACGAUGACCUGUUGCGCAGAGUCUUAGUGGAUGAGUUGCAGGGCAAGCCACUCGCUGCUGCACCACAGACAGAGCAACUACUGUUCAAAAGAUGUCUUGAUGGGCCGAGUCGAAAGCCUGCCAAGGGUCACAGCUGUCCCCCGGGCACGACGCAGGCCGACUCGAAUGCAUCUGCACCUCAAGCGAGCAUAGACUCUGUAGAGCAUGAUCAGCGGCAAGCAGAGCUGAGCCGCAAUUUUCGUCUCACUAUCACACGGGGCAAUCAGUCCAUCUGGGCUAAACUCAAGGACCGCUUGUGGGACUUUCGUCAAAGGGUCGAAGGAAUUAGUGAAGGGUCGUGGGAGAUUUUGUCCUAG